GAAAUAAUCCCCCCUCUCUCUCUUCCGGACUCCUCUCUCUCCAGCCGUGUUCUCGCUUCCAACUGAGAUCGCUGCGCGUGCCUCCCGCGCCAUGGCCUCGCCGCCGCCGCCACUGCCGUCGGCUACAAGACACUAGAAACGCUCCUUGAGGCAGCUGCGGCCGAUCCGGGUGGGCUUGGAUCUGCUGGGGAGAGGAAAGGGAUAAUAGAGUGAAGGAGGCGGGGGAGAAGAUGGCAUCGGAAAUGGUGAAGGCGGCGACGAGCGAGAAGCUCAAGGAGAUGGAUUGGGGAAAGAACAUCGAAAUCUGCGAGCUCGUGGCGCGGGAUCCUGGGAAAGCGAAGGAUGUGAUCAAGUCCAUAAAGAAGUGUAUAGGGGGCAGGAGCAAGAAUACUCAACUCUAUGCUGUUAUGCUAUUGGAGAUGCUCAUGAAUAACUGCGGAGAGCCUGUCCACAGACAGGUAAUUGAUAACGGGCUUCUCCUGAUACUUGUGAAGAUAGUGAAGAAAAAGACAGAAUUACCAGUUCGAGAAAAAAUAUUCCUUUUGCUAGAUGCCACACAAACAUCCCUGGGUGGCGCUAAAGCAAAGUUCCCUCAGUAUUAUGAGGCAUACUAUGACCUGGUGUCUGCUGGUGUACAAUUUUCAAAUCGUCCAAACAUUGUUGUCACACGGGCAGACGUUCCAGUCCCAGAAACGAGAACAGAACCAAAUAAGGACAGUUUAUCUACCAGAUUGAAUGAAGGUCAGAGGGAAGCUCACACUCAGCCUGCUCCUGACACAAGUAUAAUCCGGAAAGCCUCAAGUGUGAUGGAAGUUUUAAGGGAUGUGCUUAAUUCCAUGGAUCCUAGACACCCUGAGGGAGCAACAGAUGAAUUUGUGUUGGAUCUUGUAGAGCAAUGUACAUUUCAAAAGCAACGUAUAAUGCACCUGGUUAUGACAUCAAGGGAUGAACUGGUGGUAUCACAAGCUAUCGAGCUAAAUGAAGAGCUACAGAAGGUCCUUGUCCAGCACGACACAUUGCUUUCGGUUCACCCGACCACAACAGUAGCUUCUAAUCUGAAGGAAGAGGAGGAAGAAGAUGCUGAAAGUCUGUAUCGGAGACUGCGGAAGGGGAAGGCUUUAUCACAAGAUUACCCGGACGACUCCAUGCCAUCGUUCCGAUCCAUACCCGAGGACAAGAUGCGGCGCCCGCUCACCAUCCAACCGCCUCAGCCCGACAAGAAACUGGGCGCGCUGAACAUCCGUUCGCCAGAUCGAGAGGCGAGAUCCGAACCUGCUCCAGUGAUCCCGCCGCCCCCUGCCAAGCACGCCGAGAGGGAGAGGUUCUUCAGGGAGAAGAGCAUGGACGGCGUCACCAACCUGCCGAGCCACCUCAGGGGCCUGUCGCUGCACAGCCCGGAUGGCAGCAGCUCGUGUAGCGGCAGCACGGAUUACGGCGACUGAGGGGAAGCUUGGCGGCAGUUCAUACAGGGUUUCCAUCUUGGAGCUGAUCCUCCCUCAGCUCACCGAGCAGUGACACAUUGAUCAAUUGAUGUGAUGUCCAGAGAGGCCGCCUCAGCCUCAGCCUCAGCGGCGUCAUCUUCUUGCUGACCUGUGUACACUUACACUUGGCUUGCUAAUUCUUCUUCUUCUUCUUCUUUUUUUUUUUUUUGCUUCUUUGGCUGAUGACAUACAUUGUCGGUGUGGUGUUGUUGGGUUUUCACUUUUCAGAUCUAUAGAUGAUUGUGAUGCAUCUGCAUCUGCAUGGGGUAUACUUCUGCUUGAA